AUGGACGGCACUCCCCCUCGACCGUCUUAUGCUCUCCCCAACUACGACGACGACCAUGAUCAUAUUACGCACGGGUCAGAAGGAAACCCAGCAGCAGUCAGAUUACUGACGUCUGUGGAAGAACCAAUAUCAGAGCCUCGACCGUAUGUCCCUCCAACCGUCUCAGAUCCACCAAUGUCCCCAGAACUUGUCCCUCUCCCAUUAGCUCCUAAGAAGGAGAAAGUAAAGAAAAGGGUCAGAAUAUCAACCCCGGAGCACCUGGAUGAACUCAGGAAGCAAGAGGAAGCCCUUGCGCCGACUGCCCCUCUUGCCCAGAAGCGCGCCAGCACUGUAAAGUUACAGAAAAAGAAAAAACCAUCUCAUGAACCCCUCGGCGCGUUCAAACAAGAUCUACCAACGAUUCCGGAAGGACCAUCCCCGAGAAGAAGUUCUCUUCUCAAUAAGAAGUCACCCAACAGAGAGAACACCCCUCCAAGUAGCCCCAUCAAUCCCGAUUGCAAUGGCUCACCAGAGAAACUUGACAGUUUUCGACCAACUCCUCGCCGAACGUACCAAUCGUCGAUUAGAUCAUCACCUUCUCGUAGAUCGUCGAUUCUGGACCCACCUCAUCUUGCGCCAGCGGACUCCAUAUACGAACAGUAUCGGUCGCGAGAUACUAGUCCUCCUCGGCCUUGGACCCCUUCCUCUAGGAUGUCUGGGUUUAGUGAUUAUACGGGACCACCACCUUCAAGUAUGCAAUACGAACCAGCCGACAUUAACGGUAGUCCUAGGCCGGGCACUCCAUCUUCAAGAUAUGGAGGAAGCCCUCGAAGGCCACUACCUCGUGCUCCUAUGUACGGCUCAUCAGCGCGAGGCUCUUACUAUACCCCCGAGGAUGCCACAGUGAAUAUCCCUCUUGAUGGUGCCAAUGACGACGUAUUCGGACCCGAAGAGUCAGACAUAAGUGGCGCGUAUCCGUACCACGACUCGUAUGCUGGGCAAUCGCAGGUCACCCUUAGUGAUGAAGACUCGCAAGCGCCCCUAGAUGAGAAAGUCGAGCACUACGGUUCUGCGCCAGAAGGCCGACAAGAGCGCCGUGGUGUCCGCGCCCCUCUUACCUCCAAAAAAGAGGUGCAGCUGAUUAACGGUGAAUUGAUUCUUGAGUGUAAGAUUCCCACCAUCUUGUACAGCUUUUUGCCUCGUCGUGAUGAAGUCGAGUUUACGCACAUGAGAUAUACGGCUGUGACUUGCGAUCCAGACGACUUCGUGGAGAAGGGUUACAAGUUGAGGCAAAAUAUCGGCCGGACAACUCGAGAAACGGAGCUUUUCAUUUGCGUCACUAUGUAUAAUGAGAACGAGUUCGACUUUACCCGCACCAUGCACGCCAUCAUGAAGAAUGUAAGCCACUUUUGCGGGCGCAACAAAUCACGUACUUGGGGUGAGAAUGGAUGGCAUAAAAUCGUUGUCUGCAUCGUAUCGGAUGGACGAGAAAAAGUCCACCCGAGAACGUUGGAUGCGCUGGCGGCGAUGGGCGUCUACCAACACGGUAUCGCCAAGAACUUUGUCAACCACAAGGCCGUGCAAGCUCACGUGUACGAAUAUACAACACAAGUCUCGUUAGACGCAGACCUCAAGUUUAAAGGUGCUGAAAAGGGUAUCGUGCCUUGCCAAAUGAUUUUCUGUCUCAAGGAAAGAAACCAGAGAAAGCUGAACUCGCACCGUUGGUUCUUCAACGCUUUCGGGAAAGCCCUGAACCCUAACAUCUGCAUCUUGCUCGAUGUUGGGACAAAGCCUGGCCCGAACUCUCUGUACCAUCUCUGGAAAGCGUUCGACACCGACUCCAACGUUGCGGGCGCUUGUGGUGAAAUCAAAGCUAUGAAGGGAAGGCUUGGGAGCAAUCUCCUGAAUCCUCUGGUCGCUUCUCAGAACUUUGAGUACAAGAUGUCCAAUAUCUUGGACAAGCCGCUCGAGUCUGUGUUUGGCUAUAUUACCGUAUUACCCGGCGCACUAAGCGCAUACCGGUACCAUGCGUUACAAAACGAUGAGACGGGCCAUGGUCCGCUCAGCCAAUACUUCAAGGGAGAGACGUUACACGGUCAGCACGCUGACGUAUUCACGGCGAACAUGUAUUUGGCUGAGGACCGUAUUUUGUGUUGGGAGUUGGUUGCGAAGCGAAGCGAGAGAUGGGUGUUGAAAUACGUCAAAGGCUGCACAGGUGAGACAGAUGUGCCUGAUUCCGUCCCCGAGUUUAUUUCUCAGAGACGUCGUUGGCUUAAUGGUGCAUUUUUCGCCGCUGUGUACUCGCUGGUACACUUCAAGCAAAUUUGGACGACGGACCACACAGUCACGCGUAAAGUGCUCCUUCAUAUCGAGUUUGUUUAUCAAUUCAUACAACUUCUUUUCACUUUCUUCUCCCUUGCGAACUUUUACCUGGCUUUUUACUUCAUCGGUGGUGGGCUUACGGAUCCCGCCAUGGACCCCUUUGGGCACAACAUUGCCCUAUACAUAUUCACGGUGCUACGGUACACAUGUGUGCUCCUAAUCAGCAUGCAAUUCAUCAUUUCGCUGGGUAAUCGUCCGCAGGGUGCGAAGAAGAUCUAUCUAGCGAGUAUGGUAAUAUACGGUAUCAUCAUGGCUUAUACCACGUUCGCGACUAUCUUUAUUGUUAUCCACACGGUCAAGGGAAACCAGAUAUCGCUGGGCAACAACACGUUUACGAACCUCAUCGUUUCAACGGCAUCGACAGUUGGAUUGUACUUCCUCAUGAGCUUUCUCUACUUGGACCCAUGGCAUAUGCUCACUAGUUCGGCCCAGUAUUUCGCACUAUUGCCCAGCUAUAUAUGCAUGUUGCAAGUGUACGCUUUCUGCAACACACACGAUGUUACAUGGGGUACCAAGGGAGAUAACGUCAUGAAAACGGAUCUGGGCGGGGCCGUAGGGAAGGGGAGCUUUGUCGAGUUGGAGAUGCCGAGCGAACAGUUAGAUAUCGACUCGGGCUAUGACGAGGCACUCCGCAACCUCAGGGAUCGCGUGGAAGUGCCGGUACCACCGAUCUCGGAGUCUCAGAUGCAAGAGGACUACUACCGGAGCGUGAGAACGUACAUGGUUGUUAGCUGGAUGAUGGCUAAUUCCAUCCUCGCCAUGGCCGUCAGCGAGGCCUACGGAUACAAGGACGUCGGUGGUAACUUCUACCUGUCGUUCAUCCUGUGGGCCGUCGCGGCGCUGGCUCUAUUCCGAGCCUUGGGCAGCACGACCUUCGCCAUCCUGAACGCGAUCAACAUGGUCGUCGAGGGUCGCGUCCGUCUGAGUCUCAAGGUGCCGGAAUGGGUCCCCGAGUGGAUGGGUGGGAUUAGAAGCAAGAUUAGCGAUACGAUGAGCAGCAUCACUAGCAGUGUGCGAACGUGA